AUGCGCUUCUCCAUCUUGUCUCUUGUCUUGGCUUCGUCAGUCUCGGCGUCCAUCACUCACCCCGAGCACAUUCACCGUCGAGCGGAUCAUGAAUGGGACCAUAUCCUCAAGGGUGCCGAUAUUGCCAACUUCAUUCUCCCGCGUGAUACUGAACCCAUUGCCCCGGACUACAUUGCCAAUUACAACCUUCGCUCAAGAAAGGUUGAUCCCUUGUCUCUUGGCGUUGAUUCAGUCAAGCAAAUCAGCGGCUACUUGGAUGAUCUGAAGAAUGACAAGCAUUUGUUUUACUGGUUCUUUGAAUCUAGAAACGAUCCUGUCAAUGAUCCCGUCGUUCUCUGGCUCAAUGGCGGCCCAGGCUGUUCGUCCCUGAUCGGCCUCUUCACGGAGCUUGGUCCAGCUUCCAUCCCCAACAAAGACCUUAAACCCGUCCAAAACCCCUAUGCUUGGAAUAACAACGCGUCGGUCAUCUUCAUCGACCAGCCCAUUAACACUGGUUUCUCCUACAGCAGCAAAGAGGUCCAUGACAGCCACGCCGCUGCGCAAGACUUGUCCUCGCUGCUCAGCCUCUUCUUCACUCAGUUCCCCCAGUACAGCAAACAGGAUUUCCACAUUGCUGGUGAAUCCUACGCCGGUCACUACAUCCCUUCCACUGGCAAUGAGAUCCUCACCAAUAACCACACCAACAUCAACCUCAAGAGUCUUCUUAUCGGUAACGGUCUUACGGACCCCUUGACGCAGUACAAGUACUACCGCCCCAUGGCCUGCGGCGAAGGUGGCAAGCCGGCUGUCAACACGCCUGAGCAGUGCGCUGCCAUGGAGGCCGCUGCGCAGACUUGCCUGCCCCUCAUCGAGACCUGCUACCUCACCAACCUCAAGGCCGACUGUGUUGCUGCUACACUUGAAUGCAACCAGCUCAUCUUCAGCGUCUACAGACAGAGUGGCAAGUCGGUAUACGACGUUCGCCAAAAGGAUGGCGAUGAUGUCCCCAACUAUGUGGCCGACUUCCUCAACCAAGACUCUACCAAGCAGGCGUUGGGCGUCGAGGUGAGCCGCAAGUGGGAAAUGUGCAAUCUCAACCUCAACCUCGCGUUUGUUGAGAAUGGUGACUGGAUGCAGCCUAUUCAGCGCUUCGUCACGACCAUCAUGCAGAAGAUCCCGGUUCUCAUCUACGCUGGUGAUGCCGACUUCAUCUGCAACUGGCUUGGCAACCAGGCUUGGACCAAUGCGCUUGAAUGGCCCGGCAAAGCUGCCUUUGCUGCUGCCAAGAUUUCUGGCGUUAACGUCGACGGCAAGGAGUACGGCCAGGUUAAGCAUGCAGACAAGUUGACCUUUUUGCGCGUGUACGAGGCUGGCCACUUUGUGCCUCAGAACCAGCCCGUGGCUGCGCUCAACUUUUUCACUCGCUGGUUGAGUGGUGAGUGGCGAUCUUAG